AUGCCCCAACUGCCGAUAACAAAACAUCGCAUCCAGCGCCAGUACCAACCCUCAUCGGGACGCAUGCGUUUCGAUGCCGAAUGCCUUCUCACUCCUCCUCCCUCAUCGGCAAGGUCGAAAUUCCACCUGAUCAAGCCUCAAUCAGAUGUUCAGGCUGGCACACGCCAAAGCAUUGCUAGUGACAUGCAUUCCCCAGGAGCUGAUGCAGCAGCAUCAGAACCCGUCAUCCCUAAGCCUGAUGGCCAAGUGGGUCGCCCAGGCCGAGGAGGUUACACACUUAGCAAUGAGUUAGGGAGACACGGGUGGGAUACCACGAAGUAUGACAAGUUUCUGAAGGACAUCGGUGACUUGGCAGUCAGGUAUUUGGAAUUGGACAAGACAAUCUCGAAACAGAAUCAGACGAUGUUGGACGCAGUGUAUGCCCAGGCUACGAAGCUCUAUCCCCAGCUCGCACACUACGAGAAGAGUUGGCCGGUCAGAGACGUUCUGAAGACCAAGUUAGGAAACACGACCUACAUGACCAAGAAGGAUAGGGGGAAGGAGCAGGAGGCCUGCGCAUCUGUUGCACUGGCCGUGUUGUAA